UUCUUCACUCCAUCUUCCUCUCUCUCUCUCUCUCUCUCUCUCUCUCUCUCACUCUAUAUAUGUAUAUAUACACACACAGAUGAAAAAAUAUUCAAUAAUUUCAGAAGACCACGUGACUAUACUUCAAGCCAAUCACCAAUUACUUAACUCAUAGUGUUCCCUAUCUUAACAUAAAUCAUGAGUCCCUACUCGUCUCCAUCAAUUAAAACUUUAUGGAACAUCACGAGUUCAUAUUUUAAAAAUACUGAAUAAUCACCCCCACAAUGAGACAGAAAUAUAUGCUAUAUAUCUAUCUCAAGAAUCUCACUCAACAACCAAAGCUUCAAUAAAACACUAACAAUAUGGCUUCUCUAUCUCGUUUCAUUGUUGUCAUGUGUUUAGCAAUUUCUAUACUACUUGCUUCUUCAAUGAUGGUUUCUUCAGCAGCUAAGUUCAAUCAAGAAUUGGACAUCACUUGGGGCAAUGAUCGCGCUAAGAUACUCAACGAUGGCGCACUUCUUACGCUCUCCCUCGACAAAGUUUCUGGCUCGGGUUUUCAAUCCAAGAACCAGUAUCUGUUUGGAAAGAUCGAUAUGCAGCUCAAGCUUGUCCCUGGAAACUCUGCUGGCACUGUCACAGCCUACUAUUUAUUUUCACAAGGAUCAGCGCAUGAUGAGAUAGACUUUGAGUUCUUGGGAAAUUUGAGUGGUGAUCCGUACACUCUUCACACCAAUUUGUAUAGCCACGGCAAGGGUGAGAGAGAGCAGCAAUUUCGCUUAUGGUUCGACCCCGCUGCUGAUUUUCACACCUACUCCAUCCUCUGGAAUCCCAAAAUCAUUGUCUUCUUUGUGGAUGGAACUCCGGUCAGAGAGUUCAAGAACAUGGAGUCAAUUGGCGUUCCAUACCCGAAGAACCAGCCAAUGAGGCUAUACUCAAGCAUUUGGAAUGCUGAUGACUGGGCGACGAGAGGCGGGCUCAUUAAGACAGAUUGGACACAAGCUCCUUUCACCACUUCGUAUGCAAAUUUCAAAGCCGAUGCAUGUGUAUGGCCUUCUGGAGCAACUUCUUGCGGUUGGCUGUCCCGCGAAUCUGAUGCCAUAAACCUGGAAAGGCUGAAAUGGGUGCAAAAGAAUUUCAUGAUCUACAACUAUUGCACGGAUACGAAACGAUUUCCCCACGGCUUCCCUCCAGAAUGCAAGGUCACAGCAAUCUGA